AGAAAAAUGCAGUAAAUGACUCAUAAUAAAAGGAGCAUUGAGAGACAAUAUGCUGAAUGUAUUAAACCAUCUUUCUUUCAGGGUCAGCCGGGUAACAGCGGUCCUCAGGGAAGACAAGGACCUCCUGGACCCAUCGGAGCUCCAGGAGCUCCUGGAGUCCCAGGGCCCAGUGGACCAGCGGGACCUUCAGGUGAACAAGGAGUGCCUGGUCUUGCUGGUACCAAAGGCGAUAAAGGAGAGAGAGGCGAUGUGCAGUCCCAAGCAGCAGUGAGAGCAAUUGCACGGCAAGUGUGUGAACAGAUCAUCCAAAGUCAUUUCUCCCGCUAUAAUUCCAUCUUGAACCAGAUUCCCCAACAGUUUUCAGGAUCGGUCCGAACAGUGACGGGGCCGCCGGGCGAGCCGGGCAGGAGAGGCCCUCCUGGGCCCCAGGGAGAGCAAGGCGCCCCUGGCAGACCCGGUUUCCCCGGUGCUAAUGGUCAGAGUGGCCAACCGGGUGAAAGAGGUUUGCCAGGUGAAAAGGGAGAGAGGGGGAGUCCAGGCGUUGGGAGUCAGGGACCUCGAGGACCACCCGGUGCACCCGGCCUGCCAGGCGAAGGUCGGGCAGGCAGCCAGGGCCCACCUGGUCGGCCCGGGAGCCCGGGAGUGGCUGGUAGGCCUGGAAAUCCAGGAGCUACGGGACCAACCGGACCACCAGGAUACUGUGACCAGAACUCGUGUCUGGGAUACAAUGUUGGAGUCUCACCCCUGCCCCUCGGCGGCGGCCGCUACCAGCCCUACAAUCCUCCCCACAGACAGCCGUACAAUCCUGCUGCAGUGGCAUAUAACCACCACCGAGGAGGAGGCGAGGAAGAGCAAGACGCCUACUAUCGUGGUUACCACUCCCAGUUUAACUACGGGCAUCAUGGGUACUUCCCAGGAAACUCUGAGGAUGUGGAGCUAAGGUCACCUGGCGUCGUCAGGAGGUUUUGACAAAGCGUGGUCACGGAGGAGAACUUAAGAGGAAGAGCGGACUCACCUUAAGUGCUUGAGCCCCAAAAAGACGCUACACACACACACAUACCUUGGAUGUGUGCACUCAUCUGAAACUGUGGUGAGAACCCAACACCCUGCUGUGGGUUUUCUCCAAGGUUUAAAAAAAACAAAACAAGCAAACAAAAAAAAAAACUAAAUGUAAAUAUCUCUGUGAUAUCUGUAUGAUAUGUGUGUAAAAGGGAGGUCCGAAAAGUGCCUGAUCUGUGUCCGCUUCGUCCAGUGAUAAUGCAAACCUUGAACCGGUCGUUUUACACCUCACAGCUCUGCGAAGCUGCUUGUGUCCCGUCUGACUGGACAUCAAGUUUCUGUAGCCUGAGGAUUUUCUUUCUUCAAACCACUGAGAAAACAAAAGUGGCAUCAUUUGUACAGACUGCUUUUUCUAAUGUAACGAUACCCCCUGCACCAAUUCUCUAUUUGUGUGUCAAACUUACCUCCGUGUGCAGUAUUGUUUUCUACUUUGCGCUUCGACUUUAGUUUCUGAACUGAGUUUGCAGAACCAGGUUUUAUUUAAAAAUUGAAGGCUGUUGCAUUUUGUCCUGCGAUACUUCAUUCUCUUAUCUCAAAAUGAACAAAGUUUUCAUACGAAAAACGAAGCUGGUGUGUCUUUUGUUGCAUCCUGUUUUUUUUUUUUUUUUUUUUUUAAGGCCAAUUCGAGCCCACUCUUUCUGGAGCAAGUAGCAGAAGUGUCAAAUUCAUUUUCAUUUGUCCAUAAAUGUCCUAAAAGGCAGACAUAUCUCUGCAUUGUGUAUUGGUAAAACAACCCACUACCAAACUGUUAAAAUGUUAAUUUAAAAAAAGCUUUCUCUACAUUCUAUGAAUACUUAAGAUUAAAUAAUAUUGAACAUGUUUUCACAGAUGUAAUUUGGCAAUAUACUGAAAAACUCUGCUUCAAUUUGAUAAAAUAUUUGAGCACACGAUUAUCUUGAAGGUUCUAUUCAUGUGACG